AUGCCGCUUGCGUCCGAUCAGCUUCCCUUCGUUAUUUUUGAGACGAGGUCGCUAAUUUAUUAGAAUUUAUCUUUCAUUUAAAACUUGUUUAGCAUGGGAAAGCUAUGUCUGGAAUUAUACUGGGAUCACGCUCCGAGGACUUGUCGAAACUUUUCGGAGCUUGCGAGACGUGGAUACUACAAUGGCACGGUGUUUCACAGAAUUAUCGCCGAUUUCAUGAUCCAAGGGGGAGAUCCGACUGGAACUGGUUUUCUUUGGACAAAUGUACGAAAAUUAUUAGAUUUUUCAGGCCGUGGUGGUGCUUCUAUUUAUGGAGAUCGUUUUGCUGAUGAGAUUGAUGCGAGAUUAAAGCAUACAGGCGCUGGAAUAUUAUCAAUGGCUAACGCAGGUUUUUCAAGUUUACGAAAAGAAAACUAAAAGAAUUUUUGUCCCAUUUUUUUAUUUUUGAAGGCCUUUUUUUAUAAAGCUUUUCGUUUCUAUAACUUGCGGUGAACAAGCGGAAUAAUCUUUUCCCUUCAAUUAUGCCUUAAGCGACCUCUUGAAGUUUUUGAGUGAUCACUUAAAGAGGUUCGACUGCUCCGUUUGUCUAAGCAAGGUUUAAGGCGAUAGAAAAGACCUUUUCUUUUUUUAAAGCAAGAAACAAGUUUACGAAAGAUCCUAAGAACUUUGCAUUUUGAUAAUUUUUAAGGCCCAAACACAAACGGAUCCCAAUUUUUCAUCACACUCGCUCCAACGCAACAUCUCGAUGGGAAACAUACGAUUUUCGGAAGAAUUGCCGCAGGAAUGAAGGUUAUUUCUGAGGAAAGCUUCAAAAUAAAAAUCAAAAAUACUUUCAAGGUUGUCAGCAACAUCGGCCGAGUGGACACUGACAACCACGAUCGCCCGAAAAAUGAUGUUCGAAUUUUGAAGGCCUACCCCGCCCAAGAAUCCAUCCUAUCUUCCUAGAAAUUGUUACAAAAAUUGUUGUUUGAGAUACUGGAGGGAUAGCAAAAAGGAGAAAUGAAUCUGUGUUGCCACUUUAUUUUUGGGUUUUAAGUUUCGAUCAUCAAAUGGCUUGUAAAUAAGAAGAUGUCGCCCUCCAGUAACUUCCUUGUUGUCCUAACUUAUUUUGCUGUUCUUUACCACCACGUUGUCCAAUAAACUGUUUCGAUUUCGUUCGCAAAAAUAUGUUUUUUGCGGAAUCUCGGAAGAAAAAAAGUGAUCUUACCAUACGAAAUUACUGUUUUUCUAGCGCGUGACCUUGAUUGCCUAGAGUGAUUUCUGAAGCACAAAUAAGUUGCCGUCAGUUGCAAAAAACACGACGCCUAGUAUAAAAGUGGGAAAAGUUUCCAAUUCAACAGCAUCUUCUUCUCUUCUUCCGAUUCGAAACAUGCAUUGGCUUAUUGUUUUCAGUUUCCUGCUCGUCUUCGUUCAAACGACUCAAUCUCAAAGUGAGCUUAUUGAUUUUUUUUCGGGUUUUAAUUUUCUGAUUUUCAGUUAUUCCGAUCCCUGUUCCUCUCCGUGAGUUUGAUUUUUUUUUUCAAUUCGAGGAAUUUAGUUCGUGAGACAGAUUUAGGCAUAGUUUGAAAGAAAAUAGCUAUUUCUCAACUUCAAGUAUGAUUUUGAAGUUUUUAAGCAGAAUUUUAGUAGAGAAAGAGGAGGCUAGAGAGGACUUUCAAGGCCUAAAAACCUUCUAGAGUCACCAGAAAGGAUAAAAAGAUCAGUUUGAGAUUAACUAGUACUCGAUUUUCAUAGAGGCAUAAACGAAAAACUGCUGAUUUUCCGCGAUUGAACCUCAUUUAAAAUGUUUUUAGGCUUGAGAAGCUACUAGAAGAAAUAUUAUACUAGUAUUCAGAAAUUCAAGCAUUUCUGGUUCAAUUUAAGCAAUAGGACCUUUUGGAGGAUGUAACUUGGGCUUCAAAAGCCUCUAGAUAUACAAUUUUCUACAAGAUCAGCAUAAAAUUAAGAAAAAGAUGUUAUCACCACUUAUUCUGAACCUGAAUACAUAACCUUAGGCUCGAAAAGGUAUAGAAAACAUGGAAUUUCUGAAAGAUCAGCCAAAAAUCAAAGGAAAAGGUGUUAUCACUAGUUAUUCUGAACCUCAUGACAUAUAUCCUUAGGCUUGAAAAGCUACAGAAGAAAUGAAGUUCCUACAAAAUCAGCCUAAAAUUGAGAAAAAGUCGUUAUUAGUCCUUAACCCUCCCAACUUCAACCAAUUGUGGUUGAAUUUCAGCGAUAGGACCCUAUGGCGGAUGGGGCGGACGCGGGUGGUACGGUCGCCACCACGGAUGGCACCACCACGGCUGGGGACGCGGCGGUUGGGGACGCGGCGGCUGGAGGGGACGUGGCGGAUGGCGCGGACGUGGACGCUGGGGAUAACUCGGUUGGUUUUGGAAAAAAAAGAUAUUCUCAAGUAUCUAGCUCACUUAAUCUUGAAGAGCAACCUUCAGUCAAGAAAAAAAGUUUAAAAACACUCUUUUUGACUUAUUUUGAUCCGUAGUUCAUUUAAAUGCAGCUUAGCAAUCUUUCAAAGUGCGCUCUAUCGAACAACGUCUCUGAUUGGUUCAUGCCACUUUUAGCGACUUUAAAGCUUGAAGCGAGAGUGUUCAACGCUGGAAGAGACGUUAGAGAAAUACAGACAAUCUGCCUUCUCUGGCGUCUCUCCGAUCCACUGAUGUCUCGCUUUCUCAAAAUUUUCGGACUAUUUAGAAAAUUAUCGAUUUCGAGACUCAUCAUUUUUUUAAACUUAACUUGCUUUCCUUUUGUUUAAAUCUUUCUAAAGCGUAUUAUUCAGGGUUUAGAUUUCAACUAGAAGCAAAUGAACUAUAAUUAUUAGCCAAUAAUUGAAAAAUAAAAGUUUAUUGAAUUAUUUAUCAAAGAUUGCUGAACCAUUUUUUAACGAGAAAAAUAUACUUUUUUUUCAAAAUAUAAAAUUUUCAGGCGCUUGAAGACGGCUGUACAAAAUGCCUCGGGUCUCUCAUUCGCCAACUCCUUUGCUGUAACUCUUCAAAAAACCUUCCAAAAAAACAAAUGA